AGAGCUGUGCUUCUGUUAGCCAGCACUGGCUAACACAACCAAUGGAUAUAUAUUAUUAUUAUUAUAGUGCUACUAUUUAUGCCCUCUGUUUCCGCUGGGUGAGCACGGUAUUGUCACAAGUUACUUGGCUAACGUUGGAUUAGCUAGCCAUCGUUCAUAGUAGUUGGUUAACCACUUGUUGCUAGCCAUUUGGAGCAUCCCCCCCUCAACAAUGCCCAGUGAAAUGAUCAGGACGAGGUCAGUUUGAAUUGAAGUGGUUUGCCGGUCAGAUAGCUUUCUGUCUCCACCGGUUGUUAAGGCAACGAUGACGGAGCGCCUGUUCCUGCUGGCUAUGACCAACAUAUCGAUUGUAAAAAAAGUUCAAAACCAGCCCAGUGUGUUAGUUAAUCUGAUUAACGUUACAGUCAACAGCUAGCGUGUUGUGCUGGUCCACUAAUCGUCAGGUUUAGCUAGUCAGCCGUUUUUUUCGUAAACCCACUCUGUGCCAAACCAUGGAUACAUCCAGUGAGUCCGAUUCAUACGACAGGACGCGGGGCCACAGGCCUCGGGGGCGUGAAGCUGGCCGGGACAGGGGCAGAACCAGCGGGAGUGGAGGCGCAGACAUCUCCCAAAAGAUCAGCACACUGGCAAGCACUCUGCAGGACACCAGUAGGAACUUGACCAAAGUUGACCGGAUGCUGGGCCACUACAGGGAGCAUACAGAUGAUCAGGCUGAAGCCAUGGCACUGCUCAGAGACAACCUUGAAGAGUCAAUCAGUCAGCUACAGACACAGAGGGUGAGCAGAUCCAAUGGGGCUCGCAGUGCCUCAGCUUCGGCCUCCACCCUGCGUACCAGUGACCUGGAGGCUUGCUCUGGAUCGGACGGCCAGCGUUUCUACCCUACUUCUCCACUGAGGGACUAUACUGACACUCCAGGAAGGAGACGGAGGUCUCAGUCUGCCAAUGUCCGUUUUAAGGACACCAGCCUGCCAGCAGAAGAUAUUCACACUAUGCACCAGUCCCUGAGGGAUCUGCGUUGUGACCAGCACAGACUGUCUGAUGACCUGGAUAGAGAAAUCCUCAGGAGAAAUAGGUCUGAUAUUGACACCAAGCGAGCGAUGGAGAGCCUCACAGACAACGUGACAACUUCCCAGACACAGGCCUCAGUGUCGUCUCGUGUGGAGUGGCGUCUGCAGGAGCUGGAGACAGAGAUGCGUCCUGAGCAAAGCAGCGUGGGGAGAGAGAAAAGGCCUGACCGGUGGGCGGCCAUGUCUGACAAGCUGCAGGAGACUUCAGGGAAACGCCAAGUUCAAACCCAGGAGAGAGAGGAGGCAGUUACAGCCAGGCUACUGAGAGCAGGCCGGGAGAAAUCCAAGACGGAGCAGGAACUGGAGAGAGCUAGGAGACUACUUGAACAGUCUGAGGAUAGCAGAGAGUCCCUUGUUCAACAGGUGGAGGACAUGCGCAGCGAGCUGCUGAGGAUGAGGAAGGAGAAGACUGAGCUUCAUCUGAAGACUUCUCAGUCCAUUGCUCAGCCACAUGGCAACCACACCUUCAGGGAGGAGGGGAGUGGUGGGCCGAGAGGGGCAGAUGGUUUGAACCUGGAGAAAGAAGUGGCGGAGCUGCGAGCCCAGCUGCACAGGGCUUCAGUUGACAGCGAGGUCGAAGAGCUGAAAAGGACUCUGGACCGAAAGGGGAAGGAGAGGGUGCAACUCAGCUUACAGGUGGAGGAAUUGUCAUCAGACCUGGCGCGGCGGGAGCAACAGCAGCUACGAAUGCUGGAACAAUUGAGGGAGAUGCAGAGCCGAGGGCAGGCAGAGAGGAGGGAGACGGAGGCAUUACUCCAGGAGAGCACGAGGAGCAGAGAUGAAUUGAAGACCAGGGCCCAGGAGGCUGUGCGUCAGUGGAGGGCAAAGUGCAGGAGACUGCAGAAAGAGCUGGAGGAGGCGAGCGCCCAGGGUCAAGUCUAUACUGACAAGGCCUCACAGGCAGCCAGGGACAAGGAGAGCUCCCAGGCCCAGCUGAAGGCGCUGAGCCAGCAGACUGAGGGGGCCCGCAGGGAGCUUGGUGAAAUCCUAGCCCGUUUGGCCCAGCGUGAAGAAGAGCUCCACCGCAAGGACGUGGAGCUGUCCGAGACCCGCCAGCGCCAGUUGUCACUGGAGCAGGAAAUCCGGGAGGUGAGGGAGGCCUCAGCUGCCCUGGAGGAGGAGACUCAGCGUUUGGCUGCUGCCCAGACAAGACUGAGGGAAGAGAACCAGAGGCUGGAGGAACGGGCUGACUCCCAAGCCCGUCGUUGCCAGAGAGACCAGGACACACAGGCCGAGCUUCAGGCCGCCCUGAAGCAGAUGACCUCAGCCAAUGCUCAGCUAGUCCAGAGGCUGGCUGAGGAAGAGAUCUCCAAGCAGAACCUCCAGAAGGGCUCCUUGGAGCUUCAGGCCAAGCUGACAGCAGCACAGAAGGAGCGGGCCGCACUGGGCCAGCAGCUGCAGCUGGAGAGAGAGGUACAUCAGACAGAACUGGACAACAUGAAGGCGAUGAUGGAGGCCAGCAGGACAAAAAAGUAUCGUGAAGUGCAGGACAUGCUCAAGCUCUGCGAUCAGGAGAGGGAUGAAAUAAAGGCGCACCUGAAGGAGGUUAAGGCAGACGCAGCCUCAGACAAGGAGCUGUGCGGGGCGCUGCGCAUCAAGUUGGACAGGAUGAAGGAUGAGUGUGAUAAGCUGGCAGCACAGCUGAGCACGAAAGACGAGGCUCACACACUUCUCCACAGAAAGCACCAGCUACUCAAACAGGAACUGGAUGAAAAAGUCAGGUCGGGUGAGCGGAGACGUGCUUCAGAGUCCGAGCUCGUUAAGCUGGAGGAGAAGGUGUUGCGGAUGGAAGCAGAGCGAGAGGCAGUCCUCACCUCCAUGGGUGAGGAACUGGAUGCAGCCUGUCGCAGCCUGGCUAAGAACGGCGAAGACAAACUACAGGCGAUCUCCCAGAAACCUGGAUUAGUGAAAGACCCCCAUCGCUGGCUAGCUGAGACAAAGACCAAGAUCCGCUGGCUGUGUGAGGAGGUGCGUGAGUGCACCACAAGAGAGCAGCGCUUAAGGAAGCAGCAACAACAAACCAGGGAUCAGUUGAAGGCCCUCAGGCAGAGCCGGGACUCGGAGCAGAUGGCUCUGCUGCAGCGUCUGGACCAACAGGAGAAGCUGCUGCACUCCCUCGGCACUGAAAAGAGAGAGCUGCUGGAGAGGAGUCGCAGGAAGGAGGAAGAAAUGAGAAGCCUUCAGGACCGUGUAUUGGAUCUGGAGAUGAACACAAGAGUAGCCCUGGACCACUUGGAGUCAAUUCCAGAGAAACAAUGUCUGAUGGAGAACUUCAAAGAUUUGGAGGAGUCACAGCGACAGAGGGAGAUGCUAGAGCAGCGCUACACCAAAUACAAAGAGAUCGUCUGGGACCUACAGCACCAGCUGGACGAGUCUAAACGCAGAAUCCAGGAGUACAGAGACGAGAAGCUGGACGCCACUUCCAGGAGCCUGAGACUGGGCGCUCUAUCCUCGUCAGUUAGAGGCCCCAGCACGUUCCUCAGCAGCUCGCUGAGAUCUGACACACUGUCCCCUCACAAUCGGCUGACCAGCUCAGACUUGGAUGACUCCCCAGUCAACGGUGCCAAACCCCUCACGGACUAGCUUAACCUCAAGUGAGCCUUUAUCUGUAUCCGUACAAACCCAAACCUGCGGUGCUCCCAGCUGAUUCUACCUGUGUGCUGCUCAUGCAGAACAAAGAAACAACUGGACUGUACCAGGAGGCCUUGCACUCAACACUAAUCCUCUUCUACCUCAACCGGCAAUCACUGAAGGGUGCUCAAGAGCAGAGGGGUAAGACUUAGACAUUUCACAGCAAACUUUGAGAAAUACUAUGAAGGAGGAGAUAUGAGUUUGGACACUGUAAAAGGAGGAAAUACUGUAAAGUGUUGACUUUUUAUUUAUAAGAACCUGAAUUGAAUGUAUUUAAUGGAUUUGAAAAAGGUUUAAAACAAAUAGUUUUACUGUUCGUUUCUUGCCAUAGUUAUAUUAUUACUAUUUUAACUUUUGGUAAAAAAAAAAUGUUUAGUGUAUUGUUAUCAUGCCAAUGUGUUUGUGCUAAAAUGUUUACUCUACUCAAACAAAACUGGUGCCUUUUCAACAAUAUGUAGUUUUUUAAUAUAUAUAUUUAUAUAAAAUAUAAGAUAUUUAUCAUGAAAAUGAAUAUCUGUUUUUACAUCUCUUUUAAUGUUUUGACCAAUUUGCUUAAUGACAUUCAAUCUUUUUGUUUUCAUGCAGUACCGUAUAUAUUUGACACUAUAAG